CUUUUUUUUCCGUUUCAGAAUAUUUUGUUACAACAUAAUGUCUCAUACAUUUCAUAGACACACAGCAAUGUUUCGCACAUCUGGCGCUUUCGAAAAUGGCAGUCUUCAUGAUAUGCAACAGAAAACUUCAAUCCAACUCCUUGAGCUCCUCCCAAAACGAAACUUCCCACGUAUUUCCCAAGUUAUAAGCUUAUUGGCUACUCUUCUUUCACUUUUUUUGUUCUUAUGUGUAUUACUGAGGCUUUCUCGAGGAUAUGUGUAUCAAUCCCAGUUUCAAAGAAGGUUCGAAGAAAACGCAAUACGUAAUCCGACAUUCAAACUAUUAGGAAUGUCUGAUGAACAAGUCAUACAGUUAGCAAAGAAGACUGCGCAAGAGCCAGAGAAUGUUGCUCAAGUAUACAACUCUGAAGUAUUCCCUUACGUAGUUGAUAGAACCGGCAUCGUGAGAAGACCUGAAAUUGUCAAAUACUUCAUAUUUGACUUUGAAAGAUGGAUGAACUUCACUAAAGAGAUGAAAGCGCGACGUGAAGAAUCCGGCGCUACAGGAGGCUGUAAAUAAGUUUCAGAAAUUCUAGUACUUUUCUGUCAUAGAAAAGAUUUAAUAAAGCUUAUGAGAGUCUCAUGACUUGAAAGUAUAGACGGCUGAAACUGGGUCCAAAGGCGACUAUCGUCUGUUGCAUUAACAUUUGAAAAUCAUUUCU